AUGUCUACGAGUAGUAAUAAAUUGAACAAAACAGAUAUUGAACGACUUAUAUCACAAAAUAGCACAUCAAUAUCCUAUACAAAACCAAAUGAAUCGAGUAAAAUUAAAAUUUCCAAGUACUGGGACACUUUUAGUCAAAUAUAUGUUUCUAAUGUUAAACAAGACUUUAUUAUUUGUGAUAAUUGUAAAACAAUAUUGGUUUACAGAUCAUCAACAGGUUCUGGUUGUAUGAUUAAUCAUUUGCAUUGUUGUCGAUCCAAACUUAAACAAGCUAAUUCAUCAGGUGAACAACAAACAAUCAACAAUUAUUACAAGUCAACCUCCAAUGACAAAAAACAAGUACCAAAAAAUAUUAAACGUGCUAUUACAACGUCUUGUGUUGAGUUUGUUGCUGAAGAUGAUCGAGCAUUCCACUUACUUCAAGGACCUGGUUUUGUUCGUUUAGCGAAACAAUUAUUUGAUAGUGGUCAACGUUUAUCUUCAUCAACAAAUAUUAGUAUUAAAGAUUUACUACCAACUUCUUCUACUAUAAGUCGAAAUAUUGAUAAAAUGUAUGAUUUUUACAAGCAACAAUUAAUAAAAUUUUUUAAAUCAAUGGAUAGUUAUUGUGUGAUUGUGGAUUUCUGGUGUGAACCGUUUACAGGUUUAUCAUAUUGUGGUAUAUCACUUAGUCAUAUUGAUCCAGAAUUUCAAUCAUAUAUGUUUUCAAUCGGCUGCUUUCCAUAUGAAAUGGAAAAUAAACGUGCACCAACUGUUCGUACAUUUGUUAAUGAUACAUUAAAAGAUUUUGGUUUAGUAUUGGAUCAGGAAAAGUUCGUCGUAACCGAUAAUGAACCAACGAUGUUAUGCACUUUCAAUACAGAUUGUAAAAGAAUAGGAUGUAGUGAUCACUACAUCAACAAACAGCUUCAACAUACAUUUACAACAAAAUCGAUUGAUGGAAAAUUUGUUAAUUGUGAUUUAGCUCAAGGACUUUUCAAUAAUGUUAAAACUCUUGUUUCAAAUAUUCGUCGAAUACACAAGCAGCAAAAUCUAUCGAAAAAAUUGGUUUUGUAUUCAGAUACACGUUUUAGUGGUGCAUAUGAAAUGCUCAAUGUAUUUUCAAGCAUUUUUGAUGAAUUAGUGCAAAUCCUCGAUUCUAAACUAUCGGCAAUUUAUUCUAAUAUUGAGAAAGAUGUUUUAUUCGAUGUAUGCCGUUUUUUAUUUCCAUUUGAUACAGUACUUCGAGCAUUAAGUGAUGAUAAACGACCGACAAUUCAUCGUGUAUUACCAUUCAAACAAUAUUUGAUCAAUAAAUGUGUAAUUGAUGAAAAUGAUGAUGAAGCUAUUAAACAAGUGAAAUCCUUCUUGGGUAAACGUUUAGAUGAAAAAUGGGAAAUAACUGAUCAACAUCUUAUUGCUGCAGUACUUCACCCAAACAAUAAACAUUUACAUAAAACUCCUCAAUUCAAAGAUCGUGCUGUAUUUUUAUUAAAACAAGAAAUGUAUAAACGUUAUAAUCAUUCUUUAUCUACAAGUUCAUCAUCUGUUCCAAUUUCACCAAUAACAUCAUCAACAAGUUCAAUUUCAUGUUCAUCAUCAACACCAUUCUCAUCUUUAACAUCAAUUACAAAAUCUGUUCGUCUAGAUGCACGUGAUAUUUUAUUACGAGAAGUCUUUGACAAACCACCUUCACCUUCAGUACCAGAAAGGAACGAUGCUGAUAAAGAAUUUGAAAAUUAUUUAGCAUCUACGUUGGUGAUGGAAGGUGAUGAACAUGAUGAUAUACUUGCAUUUUGGAGACAACAUAAACAAACGUUUCCAUUAAUUGCAUCAAUUGCUCGUGAUAUAUUAGCCAUACCAGCUUCUAAUACAACUGUAGAGAGACAAUUUUCUUCGUGUAAAAAUAUUGUUACAGAUAAAAGAACCAAAUUAGGUUCUGAAAAAUUGAACAAAUUAAUCUUUUUGAAAAAAAAUAUGAAUAUUUUAAAAGAAAAAUUUGCUGCUAGUUUUGCUGAACCUAGUGAUAGUUUGAAUGUUAAACGAAAAUGUGACAUAAUUAUCUCAAAUGAUGAACCAAUUAAAAAAAAGAACAAAGAAGCUGAUUUCUUCGACAAUCAAAGUGAUAAUGAAUGUUUUGUUGAUAUUGAAAGUGAAGAAGUUGAAGAGAUUUUUUAA